AUGGCCCAGUCAACAGAUGAAAUGUCACUGCAGGUGGUAUCAGCCAUCAGUAAUUCGUCCUUGCUUCAGCCAGGCUUCUCUCUCCUGAAUUUUGAUGGGCAUGUUUUCUUUUUUGGGCAGAAAGGAUGGCCAAAGAGAGCUUGUCCCACUGGUGUUUUCCUCCUAGAUAUAAAGCAGAAUGAGCUUAAAAUGAAACCUGCCUUCUUCUCUAAAGACUCCUGUUACCUCCCCCCUCUCCGCUACCCUGCUCUUUGCACACUCAGAGGCAAUGCAGGGUCUGAUGAGUACCAGUAUAUCAUCCAUGGUGGGAAAACGCCUAACAAUGACCUUUCUGAUAAGAUUUACAUUAUGAGUCUGGUAAGCAAAACCAGCAAGAAAACCACGUUCCAAUGUGUUGAGAAAGACCUGGGCGGAGAUGUCCCUGAAGCUAGAUAUGGUCAUACAAUUAACGUAGUUCAUAGCCGGGGAAAAAGCAUAAGCGUUCUGUUUGGAGGGAGAUCAUAUACUCCUCUUGCACAAAGAACCACCGAAAAAUGGAACAGCGUAGUUGACUGUUUGCCAUCUGUGUUUCUCGUUGAUUUUGAGUUUGGAUGCUGUACAUCAUACAAACUUCCAGAGCUUCAAGAUGGACUUGCUUUCCACGUUUCAGUUGCCAGAAAUGAUACUAUCUACAUUUUGGGAGGCCAUUCACUUCAAAAUAACACCAGGUCCCCCAGCUUGUACAAGCUAAAAGUUGAUCUCCCACUGGGCAGCCCAGCCGUGACCUGCACCAUCUUGACAGGGGGGAUAUCUGUGUCAAGUGCUAUAGUGACUCAAACCGGUGAUACCGAAUUUGUCCUUGUCGGGGGCUAUCAGUCUGACAACCAGAAACGGUUGGUUUGUAACACCAUAAUUCUGGAAGAUAAUAAGAUAGAGAUUGUUGAAAGGGCGAGCCCAGACUGGACACCAGAUAUUAAACACUGCAGGAUGUGGUUUGGCUGUGAUAUGGGCAAAGGAUCUGUAUUGCUGGGCAUUCCAGGAGCCAACAAACAGUUAAUCUCAGAUGCAAACUACUUCUACAUUUUGAGAUGCAAAGGAGCAGAAGAGGACAAGGAGGAAGAACUGACAGCACAAAUUUGCAGUCAGACAUCAACCGAAGACCCUGGAGACUCUACUCCAUUUGAAGAUUCAGAAGAGUUCUGUUUUAGUGCUGAAGCCAACAGCUUUGAUGUUGAUGAUACUGAUACUUACAAUGAAGGUGAUGAAGAUGAAUCAGAAACAGGCUACUGGAUCACCUGCUCUGCCAGUUGCAGUAUUGACAUUAACACCUGGGUCCCUUUCUAUUCGACAGAACUCAACAAGCCUGCAAUGAUCCUGUGUUCCAGCGGGGCUGGCCACUGGGUCCACGCACAGUGUAUGGAUCUCUCAGAGACCAUGCUCCUACGUCUCUCAGAAGCAAACGUCAAAUACUUCUGCAAUGAGCACAUUGACCUUAAUAAAGGGCUACAAACUCCCAAAAAGGUAGUGCACCUGAAAAAGCAACCCAUGAAACCAUUGCGCAAAAAAACAACCAUGAAGUUGUCAACGCCAGUGAAAAAGUCCUUUCUUCGCAGAUUGUUUGAAUAG